GCGUAAACAAGCAGCACAGCAGUCUCCCUCUCUCUGUGUAUAUAUAUGUAACUUUUUUUGGUUUAAACCCAAAGCGUUAUGUUUUCUUGCCCUAUGAGUUAGUUGUAAAUUGGGAGUAUUUAUAAUAUUUAUAAGUGUAUUAGUUUUGCGUGUGGCUGUUUUGUUAUGAGCCUGAAAGGAAAAUGUUUAUGCCUCGAUCGUUAAAAGUUAAGAGAGCGUCUGAGAGUCAGAAAACCACCGAGGUGAAAAAAAGCAAAGGAAACCUGGAUGACACUGUAACUGCUCCUGAUGUUACAGAAUCGCACAGUGUGGAAAAAGGUUUGCCAGUGAAAACAGAAGAUAAUAAACAGGACGAAUCACAUGAAGAUGCCAUGGUACUGCAAAGCGAGUUACUAAGUGAUGAAACAGAGGUGUGUGAAGAGGCGCAGGAACAGGAGGAACCUGUAAAGUCGUUCAAGAAAAGCCAGAGAUGGCCAAACCCAGGGGAACCUGUCUGUGUCAUGUGUGGCCGUUAUGGUGAGUACAUCUGUGACAACACUGACAAUGAUGUGUGCAGUUUGGAGUGCAAGGCGAGCCACUUGGCCAGUAUGUGCAUAGGACUUCGAGAAAAGGUCUUCUCCAAAAUGAAGCAAGACAGUCCAGGCGUCGCUCCAUCGCAUCAUCAGACGCAUACGGAGAACACCUCAAAUAGUGCCGGGCUCAGUUACUCCUACAAAGAAGAUGCCUUCAUAAUGGAUCUGACUGAAGACCAGGUUGAAAGGGUGAAGAAAGAACUGGCAAUUGUUACAGAAGGUCAUGAUGUCACCAGACCCAUCAUUGAAUUUGAGCACUGCCGUUUUCCUGAAGCGCUCAAGAUGAACCUGAAGAAGGCUGGCUAUGAAGCCCCGACUCCUAUCCAAAUGCAGAUGGUUCCUGUAGGUUUGGCUGGGAGAGAUGUGAUUGCCACGGCUGACACAGGAUCUGGAAAGACCAUUGCCUUCCUGCUUCCAGUGGUGCUUCAUUGCUUGGAGAAGGAAGCAGGUACUUCAGCCAGCCCUGUGAAUGUGAUUCUGACUCCCACCCGGGAGCUGGCUAUCCAAAUUGAGAGACAGGUGAAGGAGCUGAUUAUGGGCCUGCCCAACAUGAGGACUGCACUACUGGUCGGGGGGAUGCCCCUACCCCCUCAGCUACAUCGGCUCAAGCAGAAAAUCAAGAUUGUGAUCGCCACUCCAGGCCGUCUCAUAGAGAUUCUGAAGCAGAAGGCCGUCCAGCUUGACCGCGUCAAAGUCGUAGUUGUUGAUGAGGCUGACACCAUGCUGAAGAUGGGAUUCCAGCAACAAGUGCUGGAGAUUUUGGAGCACAUUCCUGAGGACCAUCAGACUUUGCUAACCUCUGCCACAAUACCUGCAGGGACGGAGCUGCUAACAUCGCGUCUAACCAGCGAUCCUGUACGCAUUACAGUUGGCCAGAAGAAUCAACCGUGUGCUAACGUUCGCCAGAUCAUCCUCUGGGUAGAGGAGCCAUCAAAGAAAAAGAAGCUCUUUGAGAUUCUGAAUGACACAAAGCUCUACCAGCCUCCUGUGGUGGUGUUUGUAGACUGUAAAGCUGGAGCUGACCUUUUAUGUGAGGCUGUACACAAAGUUAUGGGUUUAAAUACAGUAGCUAUUCACUCUGACAAGACGCAGUGGGAACGCAACCGAAUCCUCAAGGGUCUGCUUGAGGGCCAGUUUGAAGUGGUGGUUAGUACAGGCGUACUGGGUAGAGGACUCGACCUGGCCAAUGUCAAGCUGGUGGUGAAUUUUGACAUGCCAGCUAACAUGGAUGAAUAUGUUCAUCAGAUUGGUAGAGCAGGAAGACUCGGGCACCGAGGGACAGCAAUCACCUUCAUGAAUAACAAUAAUAAGCGCUUGUUUCUGGACAUAGUGGAGAGAGUAAAGCCGACUGGCUCCCAGCUUCCACCGCAACUCCUCAACUCCCCACAUCUACUCGAACAGCAAAGGAGAGCCAGAAAAAGAAGUAAACAAGGAGGGGAUGAUGUCGUGACCAAGAACAACAUUAUUGACAUUAUUAAAAGGCAUGACAGGAGCCAUUAUAAGAAGUGACCUAGACAUUUCAUACAAGGUUAACUUAAUUUUUAAUAAAUACCACAUGUUGCAUUAAGCAGUCAUGAAUUGUCUUUUAAAUACAACUUUGAUCCUAAACAAGGCCAGUGUCGUGCCCUGAUAAAUCAUUACAUGUUAUACAACACACAUCACAUCACAUUAU